AGAAUAGUUUCACGUGUACGAAUCCUAUUGGCCAGUCUCCAGCAUUUCGUAAUCUUCCAGAUACAUUCAAUUUCAACCAUCCGCCCAUUUCUUAGGGUUUCCCCUCUAUUCCCACAAUAACGUCGCCGGUCGGUGCAUUUUCCCGGAAAAUUCACUCGUUUCCAGGAAAAUUCACCUUCCCCAUCAGAUAUCCGGCCGCAACCAUUUUUUUUCCCCCUAUCAACAAUUCCCCAAUUAAUUCAGAGUUACCGGGGAUACAACCUUCUAUUUUAUCGAUUGCGUAAUUUAAAUUCUUACCUUAUUGGAGCUUUAAUUUCUGUAAUCCUGAUUGAGCUAUGAUCGUCAUCAAUAGUUAAGUGAUCAGAUUGAAUUUCGAUUUAUAGCUUUCGAUCGUUGAUGCUUCGGAGAUUAUUCAAAUUACAGAUUUGAAGGAGAGGAGUCGGAGAUUUUGUGUUUCUUCGUAGCUGAAGAUGACGACGAGUCAAGGAGGUUCUUCUAGGAGAAGUAUGUCGUUGAAUAGCUCAUCAUCGCAGGCGAAGAAAAAAGCUAACGAGAAUGGUGGCAAUGAUUCCUCUGCUCGAAAGUCUCUACCAUCUUCUCGUUCCAUGGGACUCACAGGAGAGCGUACAGUGAAGCGAUUACGGUUGUCCAAGGCCCUGACAGUACCUGACACUACAAGUAUCAAUGAAGCUUGCCGUCGAAUGGCUGCUCGUAGAGUUGAUGCAUUGUUGCUGACUGAUUCAAAUGCAUUACUGUGUGGAAUCUUGACAGACAAGGAUAUAGCAACAAGAGUUAUCGCUCGUGAACUUAAUCUUGAUGAUACACCUGUUUCCAAGGUUAUGACGAGGAAUCCUGUUUUUGUUCUUUCUGACACCCUUGCAGUGGAAGCCCUGCAGAAGAUGGUACAAGGAAAAUUCAGACAUUUGCCUGUUGUGGAAAAUGGGGAGGUUAUUGCUUUGCUUGAUAUAGCAAAAUGUUUGUAUGAUGCAAUCGCUCGUAUGGAAAGGGCAGCUGAAAAAGGAAAGGCCAUUGCUGCAGCUGUUGAAGGUGUUGAAAAACACUGGGGAACAUCUAUUUCUGGUCAGAAUACAUUCAUUGAAACACUUAGAGAGCGCAUGUUUAAGCCCUCUUUGUCUACAAUCAUUCCUGAGAAUUCAAAGAUUGUAACAGUCUCACCUACCGACACAGUAUUAAUGGCAACAAAGAAGAUGCUUGAAUGUCGAAUAAGCUCCUCCAUUGUAACAGUUGACAACAAACCACGAGGAAUCCUAACUUCAAAGGAUAUCUUGAUGCGGGUAAUAGCACAAAAUCUUCCUCCAGAGUCCACUCUAGUGGAAAAGGUGAUGACCCCAAAUCCGGAAUGUGCAACAAUUGAUACACCCAUUGUUGAUGCUUUGCAUACCAUGCAUGAUGGGAAAUUUUUACACCUUCCUGUAGUUGAUAGAGAGGGAAUUGUAGUUGGUGUUGUUGACGUACUCCAUAUCACUCAUGCUGCUGUAGCCACAGUGGGUAGCACUGCUGGUGUUAGUAAUGAGGCUGCAAGCACCAUGAUGCAAAAGUUUUGGGAUUCUGCCAUGGCAUUAAGUCCUGUGGAUGAUGACGAAGAGACACGGAGUGAAGGUUCCUUGAAAUUGCCUUCUGAAGGAGCAGAGACAGGGAAAUCUCUUCCCUAUCCUCAGCCAAGCCUGCCCAAUACCUUUGCUUUCAAAAUUCAAGAUAAAAAGGGCCGAAUGCAUAGGUUCAAUUGUGAUGUUCGAAGUUUGACGGAUCUCAUAACAGCAAUCCUUCAGCGAGUGGGGGAUGAUAUUGAUCGUGCCAACCUGCCUCAGAUUCUGUAUGAAGAUGAAGACCAAGACAAGGUUGUACUUGCAUCAGAUAGUGAUCUUGUGGCAGCUGUAGAACAUGCAAGGUCAGCCGGUUGGAAGGGAUUGAAAUUGCAUCUAGAUUAUUCAGGAACAAGCGGUCAGAGGAAAGGAGGAGAUGUGGGUUAUGCUCAUGCAGAUGCAUGGGCUUCUGCAUACAGUGCUGUUGCAGCUGGGGCCGCGCUAGUUGCAGGGUUUGGUAUAUUAGCAUACUUGAGGAGAGCUGGUAACUGAUUACUGUUUACUAUUUGGCAGUUUAAAACAACAAAAAAAAAAAAAAAAAAAAAAAAAAAAAAAAAAAUGGCCAAAUUUGAAUUGGUGGGGAGUGUUGGUCUCUUGAUCGAAAUCUUGUAUUUGUAGGUUGAUAUAUACGGAAAUUCAUUUUCUGCCAACUCUUCCAUUGUUUGCGCGUUUGUUGUCUAGUGUCAUGAGUUAUUUCAGUAAAAUUUUGAAGUUACCGGCAUUUGUAAUUGUUCAUAAUGAAUAAGCUGAAGACAUCAGAAAAAUUCCCAAGUUAUUUGCACAUUCCCAAGAUUCUCAACUGAUCGAGAAGCUACCAGAUCGUGGUUUCAAACUAAAGUUUCAUUUUGUGCUACUGAAGACCGAGUUAUAUAGUUUGUAAUCCACUAUUAUGGACACAGUUUGUAACAAAUUUUCUACUUUUCCUCUUUUUAUGAACACUGUUAUUAUAA